AUGGAAUCUGGUAUUGUCCAAUUCGUCGUCGGCAAAGACCGAAAGCGGUUCUCAAUUCAUGCGGCGUUAACCAGCUCCUUCCAAAGCGAGAUUCUUCAGCCUCCCACGGUCGGGGAACUCGAUGAAAUAAUCUUUGGCCGUUGCUUUGAGUUCGUAUACUCUGGCAGCUACUCCAUCCCUUCGCCAGUUUUUAAUCCCUUUAGUGGUCAACUCGGUAAUGGCACUCAAUCUCUGAAGGGGUCUGUGAAACUUUACGAUAAGCCGCCUUAUAAGCUUCCUAUCGCAACCCUUCGGACGGGGCUUCGACUAAUAGACUUAUAG